CCUAAUUAAUACCAAGUUGUAUACAUACAAAUAUCUGUAUGAUGAUCAAAAGUUUUACAAAUAUUCUCAAGAAAAACUUAUAUAUAUUUGAGUAUAAUUGAAUGUCGCCGUGCACAGUUUAUUGUAAGUUAGAAACAGAUCAAAUUCCACGUUGUUAUCACGUCAACUUCAACUAGAAACGCCAUUUCUAUAUAUCACCUCUCUCUUUUGUCACCUUUCUUAACUCCCAACUGUUCCAACAAAAACACAGCCCCUACCACUUCCACUCCUUCUUACUAUAAAGUUCCACUUCGUCAUAUCCUAAUUUCCAUAUUCCUCACAAUUCCAACACAACAACAAUAUUGCAUUAAUAUCCUUUUUCUCAUACAUAUAUUGCAAUGAACUGCCCUAGAGAUUGGCCCGAACCCAUCGUCCGUGUCCAAUCCUUGUCCGACAGUGGCAUCCGCACGAUUCCCGAGAGAUAUGUCAAGCCGCCAGAGGCCCGACCGGCCCUCAUCUCCUCCUUGGACGACAACGCCAACAUACCUCUCAUAGACCUCGGAGGGCUACUUGAUGACACCCUCCGAGAGUCCACUCUGAGACAAGUGUCUGAUGCAUGUCGGGAUUGGGGAUUCUUUCAAGUGGUGAACCAUGGGGUGAGGCCCGAGCUGAUGGACCAGGCCCGAGAGGUCUGGCGCGAGUUCUUCCACGAGCCGAUGGAGGUUAAGCAAGCCUAUGCCAACUCCCCAACGACGUACGAAGGGUACGGGAGCCGUCUCGGGGUGGAGAAAGGCGCGGUUCUUGAUUGGAGUGAUUAUUACUUUCUUCACUAUCUCCCCAUCAACUUGAGGGAUUUUAACAAGUGGCCGUCCCUCCCGAAUUCUCUCAGGGAAGUGAUUGCUGAAUACUCUGCCCAAGUAGUGAGGCUUGGUGGGGUUUUACUAAAGAUUUUGUCGAUAAACCUGGGAUUACAAGAAGAGUUUCUGCGGAAUGCGUUUGGAGGGGACGAUGUAGGAGCAUGUUUAAGAGUUAAUUUUUACCCCAAGUGUCCGCAGCCGGACCUCACCCUCGGCCUCUCCCCUCAUUCGGAUCCAGCCGGGUUGACCUUUCUUCUGCCGGAUCAGCAGGUGCCGGGGCUCCAAGUUCGUCGGGGAGACGGUUGGAUUACCGUUAAACCAGCUCCACAUGCAUUCAUUGUGAAUAUUGGUGAUCAAAUUCAGGUACUGAGCAAUGCGAUUUACAAAAGUGUUGAGCACAGAGUGAUAGUAAAUACAGCGUAUGAACGUGUUUCACUCGCUUACUUCUAUAAUCCCAAGAGCGAUUUGCUCAUCGGACCAGCUAAGGAAUUGGUGACACCGGACAGACCAGCACUGUACCCUGCUAUGACUUUUGAUGAGUACAGACUUUACAUCAGGACCAAGGGUCCUAAGGGAAAGUCUCAAUUAGGAGAAUCCUUAAAUUCUCCAAAAUGAUCAUAGAUAAUAAUUAAUUAAGGCCCAUAAUUAAUAAUCAUUAUCAUAUUUGAUGAUCUUUAGUUUAUAAUUAUAUAGUCAUCAGCUGUGUGCUUUAAUUUGUAGGGAGAGCUUAU